AUGUACGGUCUUGCGGCGCGGAGAGCGACGCGUUUGCCUGCUGCCGCAGCUCCGUUAAAGAGCGCUGCAGCAGCGCCAGUAUGGGCACGGUUCAACUCUACGGCUUCCGGCGGUGAUGCGCCAGGCCCGGCCAAGGCGAAACGAGCACGAAAGCCGAAAGCCACGCCUGCUCAAGCCAAUGCGGAAAGCUCGGCGGACAAGCUAGCUCCUAGUGCCGCUGCACCCGCUCUAGUAACGUCCACUCUGGUAGAGCCCGUAACUUGGGCGGAUAUAGACAAGGCGGUCUCCAAACGCAUGGCCUCUACGCGCGCUGCAAAGGCAGCAGCUGCUGCUCAGGAGACCACUGCUGCAUCUGCAUCUGCGCCCAGUACCUCUCAGCCUGAGGCCAAGGCAGCCACCACGGCGGAGGCGAGUGCAAAGUCUACACCCAAAGCUGCAGACACAGCUGCGCCAACACCUGCCGCACCUGUCUCUGAGGUUAAGGCAGAGAAGACUACCGAGUCAAAGCGACACGUCCAGGUUUCUCCGCCCAUCCCCCCACGACCGACUGUCACCUUGAAGCCGUAUCGCGAAGUGGUCGCCGACCCAGAAGAGGCCGCAUACCACGCCGACAUCGUCCACGGCCGUGCCUCCCUCAAACCCUACCGCCACCCCGCACCGUACAAAGUGCCAGUCGCGACCAUCCACUUCCGCUCGCACUUCCCGCGUCUCCUCGACCUUUUCACCCACUUUGUUGAGCACGCAGCAGCGGCCUUGGCCGUGCCCGUAGGCGGCACAGCGAAACUUCCUACGCGCAAGACGCUCUGGACAGUCAUCCGCGGUCCGUUCGUGCACAAGAAGAGCCAAGAGAACUUCGAGCGCCGGGUACACAAGCGCGCUAUCACAGCCUACGACACCGAUCCCGAAGUCCUCGAUCGCUGGCUCAUGUACCUCAAGAAGCACUCCAUGGCCGGCGUGGGUAUGCGUAUCUCGCGCUGGCAUCGCGUCCCGGUCGGCAUUGGAAGGCAUCAGCUUGAAGCCGUUGCGGGCAGGAUGAAGUUCGGCAAGGUGCCGCCACGCGACCAGAUCUUGCAGCUGGGCCAGCAGGUCAUUGCCGAGGAGACGAAGGCAGCGACCGAGGUCAAGCCUGAGGAUGAGCAGGUCGUUAAGGCAUAG